CUUGCCCUUCAAGGGACCCAACCACCCGUCUCAGCCUGCUGCAGACCUGAAGACAGCCAAGCCAACAUGCAACUCUUCUCCGUCCCCAUCUUCCUCCUCGUCUUCCGCGAGACCAUCGAGACAUCCAUCAUCGUCUCGGUCCUCCUCGUCUUCCUCAAGCAAACCCUUGCCUCCCCAUCGUCAUCAUCUCCAGCAGAGGCAAUAAGCCAUGCCGCCGCCACCACCGCUGCCGCUGCCGCUGCUGAUGAUGAUGAACUCAAACCUCCCUCCUCCACCAACAACAACAACUCCGAUUCACCACAACAACCCGUGGUUGUGGAUCUCCGUGUGUACAAUGCCCUCCGCCGCCAAAUUCUCCUUGGUACCGUCCUCGGCUUCAUCCUGUGCAUCGCCAUCGGCGGCGCCGUCAUCGGCGUCUUCUACACUCUUGGCGUCAACAAGUGGGAGAGCUCGGGCGCCGAGCUCAACUGGGAAGGAGCAUUUUGUCUCUUGGCGAGCGUGAUUAUCAGUGUGGUGGGCGCGGCACUGUUGCGAGUGGGCAGGAUGAAGGAGAAGUGGAGGGGCAAGAUGAUUAAAGCUAUGGAGGGGAAGGAGAAGAACAAGAAGUCAAAGGGUGGGAGAGUUGCCGGGGGGGAGGAAGAUAUGGAGCGAGGAGAGACCGUGGAAAGACAACGUGGAUGGUGGGUCAAGUUCAAGGCGUGGAUGGAACGAUAUGUCAUGUUUAUCCUGCCGUUCGUGACGGUGUUGAGAGAGGGCGUGGAGGCGAUUGUCUUUGUUGCUGGUGUGUCGUUCGCGGCGCCGGCGACCUCGAUUCCGAUUCCUGCUAUUGUUGGCGUUAUCGUGGGAUCGUUGGUGGGCGUGGUUCUGUACAAAUUCGGAUCCUCAACCAAGUUGCAACUCUUUCUCGUCCUCUCGACAUCUCUCCUCUACCUCGUCGCAGCUGGCCUCUUCUCUCGCGCAAUCUGGGCCUUGGAGAGCCAGCAAUGGGCCAAAGCCAUCGGAAGUGAUGCCGCGGAACUCGGUAGUGGCCCUGGAUCUUACGAUAUCGACAAAUCUGUCUGGCAUGUCGACUGCUGUAGCCCGCAGGUGAACGGUGGAGGCGGUUGGGGCAUCUUCAACGCCAUCUUUGGCUGGACCAACUCGGCGACAUACGGCUCCGUCAUUGGAUAUGACAUCUACUGGCUGGUUGUCAUUGUGUCGUUCCUCGUCAUGAGAUACCGCGAGGUGAAGGGGAAAUGGCCGUUGAUCCCACAGAAGACCGAGGUUGAAGAUGGCAGUGAGAAGGGUAGCCUUUUUGGCAGGUUGAGCUGGAAGAAGGGCAGAGCUUGAAGGGGAUGUCUGUAUCAAGUAGUAUCGCAAGGCAGUAAGCCGCCGCGCGCGUAACACAGAAGAAGAUAAUGAAGAGGAGUUACCGAUAUUGAUGCAAGGAGAAGGU